UCAUAUAAAAGUCGUCGGAGGCGAGGAUUUGUUGUGGUGUAACGUUACUUGAUACGAUCGGAGUUGCAGUAAAGACCGAUAUCAGACGGGAAAAUGCUCAUGAAUUGGAAGAUCGUUGUUUUGCUCGCGGUGGCAUUCAUCGUGACGAGCGCCGCUGGGACACCGGGGGGCGUCGUGGACGCAGAUAUGAAGGAUCAAGCUACCAGAGACGCGCUGCAGUUCGCGGUGGCCGAAUACAACAAGGCAACAAACGACCUGUAUGUUUGGCAGAUGGCCAAGGUUGUCAAGGCUCAGAAACAGGUGGUAGCUGGGAUGAAGUACAUCUUCACAGUGCAGAUGGCCAGGACCCUGUGCAGGAAGGGAGGUGUGGAGAAGGACUGCGCUGUGCACCAGGACCCAGCUGCGACCAACCAGUGCACCUUUGAGGUGUGGAGCCGCCCCUGGCUGGGAGCGAUCCAGUUGAUCAAGAAUGACUGCCAGCCGUAAAGACCCAAAGGAGAGACGACUUCGUCUAGUCUUCCCCAUAACUAGUGCAAUGUAUUACUAAUGCUGGUCAACCUCUGACUAUAUAAACAAGAAUCCAACUAAUAAUUAUCUUACUUUAUUCAUUCCCACACCAAUAAAAUAACUUUUGUCUUAAAUUUAGUAUUAAAAUAGUUUGUAAACUCUAUGCAAAAGUUGAACUAAAUACAGAAAUGGUUUGUAACAUCUA